UAAAUUUGAUUGUUUUAAUCAAGGAAUUGAGUUGGAACAUUCGUUUAAUCUAAAUUAUUUAUGAAUGCCACGAUAUUAAAGACAACAAAUUUUGAUUCCUUCAAAAUUGCAUGCUGGGAAAUGUGCUAAUGUUCCAGCCCUGUCGUUUGCGGCGCGUAGAGAUGUUAAACGAAACAGCAUGCCAACCAAUUUUAUUGGGAUUUAGCUAGCUAGCCAGUUACUUGUUUAACAUAUUUCUAACAUAUUUUCCACAUCAUAUUUUGUGUAAAUCAUAUCAAGACACAUCUGUUAACUUGUCUGCUUGGAUGACACUUUUGGUGCCUCAUUCAUUAUGUCCUCGGAUGACCUUCUUGCACAGAGGGAGAAAAUCGAGCGCCAGAUUUUGGCGCUCGAGCAAAACCUUGGUCCGGAAAGCAAUUCCGGCAUUGAACUACUAUCUUCAGACAGUUGUGCAUCUGAUGAUGGAUCAGACGACAAUGCUUCUCAACCAGAAGAUUUGGGUCCUCCGGGGAACCUGGAGGCAGAGCGGGAGCGUAUACAGAGAGAGAUUGAAGCGUUGGAGCGCACUCUUGGCCCUGGUGUAUCUAAUGCUGAGAUUAUGUCAGAUGUGGAUGGCCAAGGAAGUGCAACAGAAUCGAGCGAAGAGGACAGUGCUGAGGAGCUGAACCUACCCCAGAACACAGAUACAUGUCUGCAAAUGAACCUGGUUUAUCAGGAAGUGUUGAAAGAGAAAUUAGAGGAGCUGGAGCGACUGUUAACAGACAAUCAACAGCAACAAAAAGAGAUUAUGUCUCAGCUGUCUGGCACAGGAACUCCCCAGGCUACCACAUCUGGACAACCCACACUGAAGCUUUUCUUGGGGAGCUUUCUGAAGCCCUAUUUCAGAGAUAAAGUCACAUUUCUGGGCCCACCCGCUAAUCCAGAAACCAGGGAGAAGAUGAGUAAGAGGAUCAGACCUACUGACGACGUCAAGAUGAAAAGAUGGGAGGGGUGGCAGAAGACUCUGCUGAUAAAUGCUGUAGUCAAAGACAGCAUGAAACGCAUGAUACAGCCCAAGCUGUCCAAGGUGGAAUACCUUACACAGAAAAUGGCCAAAGCUGAAAACAUAGAAAAGCUAAUCCUGCGGAAACAAAUCACUGAAAUUGAAAAGGACAUUGAGGCCAUCAGUGCACUGAAGGAGGAUGAGCUGCUGGCUGGCCGCUAUGAUGACCAUGACUGGCAAAAGAUUUCCAAUAUUGAUUUUGAAGGCAUCCGUGAAGCUGAGGACAUAAAAAGCUUUUGGCAGAACUACCUGCAUCCCUCCAUUAACAAAGCCAGUUGGAAGGAAGACGAAAUUGAGAUGCUCAAGAAAGUUGCUGUGAAAUAUGGGCACCACAACUGGGAUCAGAUUGCUGGUAAACUUGGGACCAACAGGACAGCCUUCAUGUGUCUCCAGACAUACCAGCGCUACAUCUGCACCGACUUCAAGAGGAGGAUGUGGGGCAGAGUGGAGGACGAGAUCCUUAGAGAGCUGGUGGAGAAAAUGCGAAUAGGGAACUACAUCCCUUACACCCAGAUCUCCUAUUUCAUGGAGGGCCGGGAUUCAUGCCAGCUGAUGUAUCGGUGGACUCAGGUUCUGGACCCCACCCUCACGAAAGGCUAUUGGUCUAAAGAAGAAGAUGAGAUGCUACUGAGAGCAGUGGCUAAACACGGGGUGGGGAACUGGUGGAAGAUCCGUCAGGAUGUGCCUGGCAGAAAUGAUGGCCAGUGUAGGGACAGGUACGUGGACGUCCUGAUUGGGAACGUGAAGAAGGGGCCCUUUGACGAGGAGGAAAAGGCGCAACUCAGACGAUUGGUGGAGAAAUAUGGAUGUAAAUGGUCUAAGAUAGCUGCAGAAAUGCCUAACAGAAUUGACUGCCAGGUCCUUCAACAGUGGAGGAGAAUGAGUGGGUACAAGCCCAAACCUCGGAGGGACAGAAGGAGAAGAGGAUUGCAGAGAAAGGCAGUGGCUGUGAGGAGCAUCAAGAGUAGGCUGAAGAGGCUAGACGAUGAUGUGCACUCAAGCUCCGAUGAAGAGGAGAGCGUCAAGAUGGAAUUUAUGGACAGUGACGAUGAGAAGAAAGAGAAGUUAUUUGAACUGUACGGGUCUGAUCAGGAAAGUGACAUUUUCGAAGACUACACCCAACCAGACAUGGAGCAAUGGAUCCCCAUGCCAGAGAAGCAGUUUGAAGGGCCGGGGAUGGUGAGGAGCAUGAUGGUUGAACGGCCCAGCGAGGACACAACGCAAGAGCAGGAAGUGACGGACAGCCAUGCCGCAGCACGCAAGUUCAUGGUGGUACGCUCUACCGUCCUGGACCGCUUUGGCAAGCCUGCUGCCACUGUCAUUGGACAAAACCCCCCAAUCCUGGCAAAGAAGGAUUACAACAGUGACCUGGCCAUGCUCAAGGUGUGCUAUGGAGAGGUGAGAAACCUGAUUGCUUGGAAGAAAACAAAUGCCACAAAACAUAAAAACAGUGGGUCUACGAGCGGAGACCAGGGGAAGCCCCACAAUUCCUCAAGGCAAAAGGACUCCUCUGCCAACAGUGAAACCUACACAACUCUCAACUAUUCCCUUCAGUUGGCAGUCACUCCCUGGGUGGGCAAUGUGCUUAUGCCCCCACCAACCUCUUCAAACAAGCUCCGUGAAGCGGACAUGGUACGAGAGAGAUCAGAGAGCAUUGGACUCACCAAGACCCCAGUGUUCUUGUUCUUUCUGCAGGUCCUCCGUGUAGAUGCUGAGGGCUGUAAGCAGAUAAUUAAAAUGCGUAACAAACAAGCGGUACUCAUGGGACACACAUCUUGGGAAGCGAAACAGGCUUCAUUGAAAAAACCAAAGCAACGGCAUGGUCCCAGAACGGUAGCCAGUAUGCUGAACCAGAAGGGAAAGGAGCAGCAGAACAGUCAGCAACAGAACAGUCAACUUGUGAUGAUGUUCCCUCAGACCUUUGUCAUUGCACAGCCUGUAGUACAGUCCACCCCACAUCCAGCGGUCCCCUUCACUCCAACUUCCAGACAACAACUCAUGCCUUCCACACUUACCCAACCCGGACCCUCUACCCCCAGCCGACCCAUACCCUCCACACCUGGUCAACCUGUACCCUCUACCCCCAGCCGACCCAUACCCUCUACCCCCAGCCGACCCAUACCCUCCACACCUGGUCAACCUGUACCCUCUACCCCCAGCCGACCUAUACUCCCUGCUCCUGUCCAAUCCUCAACCAUAAUAGACAGGGUGAAUGUUCAGGCAAAUGAGAGUCCUUCAGCAAAGAAACGCAAUCGCAAACCUACUGAGAAAGCACAGGCCAACAAAGAGGUCAAGGAUGCUGCAAUUGCUAAAAAGUCAGUGGAACAGUCGCCCAAACGCAAGAAAGCCCGUAUGCAAAGUCCUCCCAAUGGAAACCUGGUUGGCCAAGUUUCUGACAUAAUUCUGUCCCCUCCACAAACUGCCUGGGUCCUGACGCCCAAUGGACUUGUGCCAAUCAGUGGCAUUGGCAUCCACAUGACACCUCAGAAUCUACCAGAAAAUGCUUUUGCACCUGCUUGUCGAUCGCCUGUUAUUAUCAACCAGCAAGUCCCUCUAACACUAAAUGCUGCUGCAGCACAGGCCUCCUCCAAUGUGACCGAUGUCUGCCCAUCUCCCUCUGCCUCAUCCAUAGCACAGGGAACUGCCUCCCCAUCUGUUUUCUCCUCUCCCUCUGCCUCCACUACCUUCAUAAGCAAUACUGCUCCAAGGAUGACCAACCCAGUGAACAGCGUGAGAAUGACUAACCCAGUCCUGCAGACUGUGGCAACCACUGGUCCCCAGCUCAAUGCGGUGUCACCUGUUCUCUCCGUCCCCAUGAACACGGUCAUCUCGGCUCCCAUCAGACCACAGACUGGCCUGCCACAGGCUUUAGUCCUCAAUGUCCCUCCAGGCUCUCUUCCGGCCUCAUUCCCUCAGGGAGCCUUCCGAAUCGUGCAGCUUAUCCCCCCUAAACGUGCCCCUCCACCCCGCAAUCCAGAGCUAAUACAGUUUGAUCCCAACCUGAUGUUCACGGAGGACCCGGCCCAAGUGAGAGAGUGGUUGAACGGCAAGAAUGGAGUUGCGCUUCCGGAGUUGGACGUCACUCUGCCCUACCUUCCCCCCUUUGUCAGCAACUUGAAUACGCUGUCGAAUGUCCUGAAAUGUAAAAAGACGUUGGCAAUUAGUGCCAUGCUGGUCCUGUGCCCAGAGGAGAAAGAGAACCUGGAAGAGGAGCAGCAUGUAGCGGCAGUGCGGAGCCUCGUGGCAGAGCGUUUCAGCCAUAACCCGGGCUACGUGCUCCUGAAGGCUCGCUUCUUGUCUUGUUUCACCAUGCCUGCUCUUCUGGCUACUAUCAAUCCAGUCAAACUUUCCAAGUCUCCCACCCCGGACCACAGUGAUGUGGAGGAGGAACCGUUCAGGAACCGUCCUGGGGAGCAGAAGUAUACUGUGUCUGAACAGCCAACAGCACUCCAGGCCCCUCUGCUAAGCACUGAUGGAACAGGAGCCCCCGCCACCUUCUUCUCCGGAAUCACCACAAGAAAUAAAAGCCGCAACCUCGACAUGGACACGGAGUAAUUGGAAUAGUUUUGGAGUGAGGUGUGGUCUUACGGGUUAAACCAGUUUUCUGUGUUUGAAAGUUCUUGCCAAUUUUGUUUUGUCACUGUCAUAAAAAGGGAUGUUACUGGAACUGAUAGAAGGUAGCUGUAUUCUAUGACGUCACUCAAUACAGUAUAGUUGCUGUUGAAAUUGCACUUAACGAAUGGUUCAUAUUUGUACUUGUUUUUGUUCAUAAUUGAAUUAUUCUUAUACAUUGUGAAAAUAGUAUUUUGUUUACCUGUACAUAUUUUGCAAUAAAUCAUUCUACUUGUUAAUAAAUGUGUAUAUAUUGGAUCUGCAGAGCACAUUGGUCAGAUCGGCCCUCAACAAGCAGUUUUUUGCAGACCACAUAGUGGUCACUGAGGGUGCAUAAUAGUUCAAAUCUGUGCAGAAAGUACUAGCUAUAAAACUCACUAUAUUCUGUCAGGGUGGUUUAUUUUUGGCCAGAAAUGUCCUCAAAGGGGCACACCUCUCCUGUGAACCUCGCCUGUGAAUAAAUGUUUAUUAGCCAGGAUGCAAAAGUUUAUUAGCCUCAAACUAAGGAUGCAAUUGUUUAUUAGCCCGAAGGAUUGUGCAGUUUCAUGAGUGAUGCAAAAUUCAGGUAACUUUCCCAAAAUCCUCAGGUGUUCCAGUAGUCCUGGUUGAAAGAUUUCUGGAAUCAGGAAUAAGCAGGAAGUUGCAAAUUCUCAAUCCACGAUCUCUGGAAAAGUUGGGACUUUUAGGAAAGUUACUGGAAUUUUGCAACCCUAGUUAAAUGGAUUAAUAUUACAUUGUGUGUAUAUAAACCAGUAAAUACUCAA